AUGCAGUCAUCUGAGAUUUUGUGGCGUCCUGCCGGUCAUGGCCCUUGGGCCCCCCAUCCAUCUGGUCGUGCUGGUUUAGAAUCAUUGGACAUUGAUCGGCAAGUGUUUUUCAUUGUCUCAAUCCGUCCUCCUCCCGCGUUGCUUAUUUCACCACCACCAGACAAGGGCGUCCCAGCCGGCAUCGUCAACUUUGCCCUCGCUCACAGACAAGAAGUGACUCCAACGUCAACGGGACGCAACGCGCCGUGCCACAUUGGUGGAGGAAAUAUUGAGAUGAAUGCUCUUCUUCACGAACCGUUCCGAACCGUCAACGGGUUUCGCAUUGUCAAACAGCAGAAUUCCAUUGCCCGGCCUCCCUUGACUCCAGGCACGUUGCGACCCUCGUUCUUGGCCAGAAUGGAACGCAAAAGGGCAGGCAGACCAGGACAUGCUCAUUGUGUCCUGCCUUACUGCCCCUGCCUCGAACACUCCAAGACGGCGCCCAAGGAAGCUUUCAGCGAAAGGGACGGUGCGAAGCUUACGUUGCCGACCACAUGGCAAAACCCAUUGCUAUCUUUGGGGGCUGUGGACUAUCGACAAGUUCGCGCGUCGAGCUGCGUCUUUGUGGAAACUAGCGCAUCUUUGGAAUCCAAAUUGCCUGGUGCACACCAUUCGUGCUGGACGAAAGUGAGCUAG